ACCCCAGGUAGCGGAGAUGGGCGAGCCGGGUCAAAGGUCAGUUCACCUGGUGGCUUGUGAGGGAGAGGACGUGGUGACCCCUGCAGCACCUGUGACAGCACAUCCCCUCAGCAUCAUGCAGAAGAGUUUCUACGAGUCCUACCCGGCCCAACCUAACCCCUACGCUUCCUACUACGACACCACCUACAAUAACGGUUACGGUUACGACGGCCAGUGCGGUCAAUAUUACAACGACUAUGUGGAUUACAGAGCCGCCUGCGGCCUGACUUCCAAUAUGGUACCGCAACACAUGAUGCAGGGGACGCAAGCAGACUACAGUUCCUGCAUGACGCCGCCGCAGAUGGGCUACUGCGAACCCACCUUCAGCAAGGAAUACAUGACGUGGGUCAGAGACCAACCUCGGUCGCAGGGAAGAAAGAGCCCAGAGAUCAUGCACAAUGACGUGCCCACGCCCAGUCAGGGUCAAGUGCCGCCAGUGCCACAACAGCAGCAGAAUCAUGCCUCCCAGCAGCAGCAACAACAGACGGUGGUUCCACAGGGAGAUCCAGCAGUUAUUGCGCCCCCAAACCAACUCACUCCCAUCUCGCUUCCUUCUAUCAAGGAGUACGAGGUGACCAGCGAAGGUGGAGGCGGGGGUAUGAACGGCGGUUCUAGCGGUCAAGGAGGAGGUCCUACGAAGCGUGCCCGCACCGCGUACACUUCAGCCCAGCUGGUCGAGUUGGAGAAAGAAUUCCACUUCAACCGCUACCUUUGUCGCCCCAGGAGGAUCGAGAUGGCUGUACAACUCAGCCUCUCGGAGCGGCAGAUCAAGAUUUGGUUUCAGAACCGCCGGAUGAAGUACAAAAAGGAUCAGAAGACAAAAGGAGGGCGAGAGAAGAGCCCGAGUUCUCCAUGCUCGUCUCCAGCUACUUCGAUGCCGCCUAUGUCUCCUUCAGGAGAGACCACCAACCUUUCUAGCCAGUGCCUCAUCAGUGCCUGCCACGGUGCUGGCAUCCAGCAUGCUUCACGUCCCCAGCAGAUGCAUGACUCUCACAAUUACCUAGCAGGAAACACCUACAGCGGGCCUACUCAGCACCAGAGGCCUGGAAUGGUCCAGUCCAUGUCGGGAUCCCAUGGACACGUCCCGCACUGCAUGGGCCCUCCGGCAUUUUCCCCUGCUGUUAGCAUGCAUGAGAUGCGGCCCGUAUCGCUAACGAAGACGGGGCAGCAGCAUCAGCAGCAACAUCAGCAACAGCACCAUAUGAGAGACGCCCAUCACCCUGUUCACAUGAAUUGCCUGCCGCCGCCCCUGACACGGUUUCCAUCACUCCAAUCUCCUGCUGCCCACUGCAUGAACCACGAAACCAAAAAGACGACAGGGUGGGUCGUGCCUCCCACUUCGUCUAUGAAUAGUCUGGCUAGCUUUCCCUCGCCGCCCCACGAUAGCGAGGAUAAGUUUGUAUCACUCUGAUGCUCUAUAAAUGAGUGAGGUCAAUAAGAGGCUCCACAAACUGGUGUUGUCGCUCUGCCAGGAUCAACGAACUGGUGUCAUCCUCUUUUGAGGGUUCACGAACGGGAAUCGUUAGAGGAGUGAUCCGAGGACUGUUACUGUGCCUUGGAGCGUCGAUUGACCCUACAAGACGAACUACAACAGUAGGAAACCCAACGCAAGAUGACCCUGAAAGAUGACCCACACAUGAUAACCAAGAGGGAUAACCCUACACAUGUGACUUCAAAGGUUGUCCCCAUGGAAUGAAGUCCUAGAAAGACAUUACUUCCCCAGAGGCUCGAGUAAAAUUAUAAUAUAUUUUAGCAUAUUUCUAAGACGUUUCCAGGUAAACUAUACCCGAAUUAUCACUUGUGAUUAAUGAUAGGUUUUCUAGCUCGUAAUGUUUCAUCAGUCUUUAGAUAGAUAUUAAACAGAAGAUUGUUACAUGUCGUUUACUUUUAACUUUCCUAAUGUUGACAUUGACGCAUUUGAUUGAUGAUUGAUCGAUUCCUUUGAUUUAUUGAAUAACAUUUGUUCCUUUGUUCUAUUAUUAUAUAAUAUCAAACAAAAUUUUAUUAACAAUUUCACAUAAUUUCAUUAACAAUUUCACGGGAAAGUGCUAAGUCCGUACGGGUCGUACGCCUCCUGUGAGAAAGAACGGCAAUCAGGUUAGAUUCAAAAAUAAGAUUUGGCUCAAUUCCAUGGAUCAAGAGGGAUGUAUAUACACAGUUAAUUGUUCAUAUCAUUAUAUACACCGAGAUACCCGUCUCGGUGUAUAUACUAAUAGGAACACUUAACUGUGUAUAAAUUCUGUUAUUGUGAUUAUUAUUGCUAAUAUUUUUAA